AUGGCGCAACUUCAGGGAGAGGCAGCUGGCUACUACAACAACCUGCCUCAGUCUGGCUAUCAACCACAACAAGCCCAAGGGAUGAAGUCGGGCUAUGCGCCGCCAACAUAUGGUCAGGACUUUCACAUGUCGCAGGACAAUAAACAGAGCUUUGAGCAGACCUUCAAGGUCCAAAAGCCCAAGCUGAACGAUUUGUGGGCUGGUAUUCUGCUCAUCCUCAUCUUCCUGGGCUUUGUUGCGGUCUCAGGCCUCACCUUACACUCGUAUUCGACCCAUCAUUCCUUUUCUGGCGGCGGUAUUUACAGCGGCGCAAAUGACUUCUCUCUCAACACCAAUACCCUAAUCCUCUUCGUGUUCGUGCUAAUAUUGGCGUUCUUCGUAUCACUGGCGUAUUUCAUGGCAGCACGUGCUUUUACGAAACAGUUUAUCUGGAUCACUGGCUUCCUCAACUGCGUUCUGGCACUGGGGACUGCGAUCUAUUACCUCUAUCGCAAACAAUGGGGAGCCGGUAUCGUCUUUCUGAUCUUCUCCGUUUUCGCUAUCUUGUUCUUUAUCAGCUGGAUACCCCGGAUUCCCUUCAGUGUUGUCAUGCUUCAGACUUGUAUGGACGUUGCGAAACGCCAUCGCGGAGUCUUCAUGACCAGCCUACUUGGUGGCGUUGUCUCCAUCGCUUUUGCGGCCUGGUUCUCUGUGACUUUGGUGGCUAUUUAUGUGGCAUACGAACCUGGCAAUGCUGGGUCAACCGCGAAUCCCGCCUGCAGCCGCUCUGGUUCCUGCUCGACCGCCAAAGUCAUUGGGCUCGUGGUCUUCGUCACUUUUGCUGGCUACUGGGUCACCGAGUGGAUCAAGAACACGAUUCAUACUACCGUCGCCGGUGUCUACGGAAGUUGGUAUUUCUGCGCAGGAAAGCCCGGAGGUAUGCCCAGCGGCUCUACUCGAGGUGCAUUCAAGCGUGCGACCACAUAUUCAUUUGGCAGUAUUGCUUUUGGAUCGCUGAUCGUCGCAAUCAUCAACAUGCUCCGCCAGGCUUGCAGCAUUGCGCAACACCAGAGUGCUCAAGACGGCAACAUCAUUGGCAGCAUCAUGUUCUGCUGUCUCAGCUGCAUUAUUGGCCUCCUCGAUUGGGCAGUCACACUUUUCAAUCGAUACGCUUUCAGCCACAUUGCUCUUUACGGCAAGCCAUACAUCCCUGCUGCUAAGGAUACGUGGAAGAUGAUGAAAGAUCGAGGGAUUGAUUUGUUGAUUAAUGACUGCCUGACUGGACCUGUCUUGACCAUGGGAAGUCUGUUCGUAGCUUAUCUCUGCACAUUGCUUUCGUACCUGUACCUGGAGUUCACCAACCCCGCAUAUAACGACGGAAGGACGUUCACUCCUGUCAUCAUGGCAUUCGCAUUCCUGAUCGGCCUACAAGUCUGCCAGAUCUUCCUAACGCCGAUCGCUAGUGGGAUUGACACACUCUUCGUUGCUAUGAGUUGGGACCCGGAGGUCCUGGUCAAAGAGCACCCUGAUCUUUAUGCAAACUUGGUCCGAGUCUACCCGCACAUACAGAAUGCAAUUCAUGCAUAG